AUGUUUUCCGAGACUCUUUCAACGUUUCAUUGGCAGGAGCAUGAGAUUGAAGCCGCAAAGACACGCAUUACAUUAGAAGCACUGCGAGCAGAAGCCUCGGCAAGAAAUAUUGCCAUGGAGGCAAUCCAUAGGGAAGUUUUUGGAUUUCAUGGCUUGGGUAGUUCUCUUCUCUGUCAGUCUUGGCGCCCCUCUGAGCUUACCCAAGAAAAGCUAUCUUUUUUCAAAAAGGAAGCAUUUGAACACACAGUUUCUGGACCAUUGUAUUCCCUUACGUCUUUUGGGGUCGAUCUAGACUGCGUCAAAGCUCUGGACUCGACAUAUUUUACCUCUUCAAUGAAAGAAUUCGUCUCUCAACGGCCAGCAGAUGCCAAACGCAGGGUGUUUUCCCAGCCAACCAACUUAUCAUCCGCAAGAACUUUGCAUUUGGAACGAGGAGUCAAUGAUACGGUUCUCAGUGUUGCCUUCCUUGCUCCAGGGUUCGGUGGAAAGUCAAUUUCUGAAAAUUUGAAACUAUUGAUUCUCAAGGAAGCAUUUUAUGCACCAUCUCCUAUUCCAUAUGGAGCGCCACAUGGAAAAUGGAUGGGAAAGUCCCAUUUAAAUGGCGCCACCAUGCAGUUUAUUCCAGAAUUCUUCCAAUAUUCCGAUGCUGGCCUUUUUGGAUUUACCAUUUCCCUUCCCGUUUGUACCAAUAUUUUCAGCCCAGAAAAAGUUCUCAUCGAGACUGCCCAACCUCUCGUGCAAGAGAAACUUUUGCUCGAUAUUUCUGAGGCUCAAUUCAAGGCUGCCAAAGCCGCUGCAAAAUUGCGAAUUGCAGAGUAUCCAGAGCAUGCAAAGUCAUUUGCCAUUGGAAUUGGAAAGUUCCUUUUUGGUAGCGAUGACUCUGUCACCGCCAUGGCGUCCUCCCUUCCUUCCGUUGCUGAAAUGAUGCAGUCGAUUGAUUCCACUGAAAUCGGUUCCAUCAGGGAGCUCCAAAAAUCUAUUUUUUCAAAGCACCCAGCAUGUGUGAUUGUCGGCCCAACACUCUCGGGCGCCCCGCUCAAGCCUUGA